CGUAACGCGCGUCAGUCAGUUGCUAUGCGUCCGGGUGAGGUGGUGAACGCGGCGCACGACCCGAGAACGAAUUACCGUCCCUGAAGGGAACGGAGAUCGAGUCUCGCGCUCUCAUUCCGGCCGGAAAGCGGCGACGACGACGACGGCAAUAACAACGACUGCUAUUACGACGACGACGACGACGACGACGACGACGAGGACGAGGAGGAGAGGCGAACGCGUAUAUUCACGCACUGUCCGAUCUUUUCCCCGACGACGACGGCGACGACGACGACUGGAAUACCUUUCAUGCGACGGUCGCGGGCACCGCGGCACGAUUAGAUUCACGAGCACAUGGUCCGGCGAUCGCGAUGACCAUGAUCGCGAAUCAAGCUGCGUUAAUCAUCGGCCUCGUCUUCGUCGUCCUGGCGGCCACUUUCAAUCGCGGUGAAGCGAUAAUAUGUUACCAAUGCAACAGCGAGUACGAUCCCAGAUGUGGCGAUCCAUUCGAUUCGUACACUUUGGGGACUGUAAACUGCAGCUUUCAACCUCGUCUGGAGCAUCUCAGUCACUUGGAGCCUACCCUUUGCCGAAAAAUCAGUCAAAAAGUGUACGGUAAAGAGAGGGUCGUUCGCAGCUGCGGUUACAUCACGGACGCCGAGAAGGACAAUGGCGAGUGCCUUAUGAGGACCGGCACCCACGAUGUGCGCGCUAUAUAUUGCUCGUGUACCAGUGAUCUGUGUAACUCCGUCGAGAGUUUCCACACGCCGUCCCUACUGCCACUGGCAUCCCUUCUGACUGCCGUAUUGGCGACAUCGAGUCUGCUCCUAUCGUGCCCGAUCGUGCCGUCUCGUAUCUCCCUCUCAACAGCCUAAUUCUGCCUAGUUGUUCUUCAAAUCGUAAACCCUAAAAAUCUGAGAUUCCAUCCCCGGCCCGUCGUCGCGCCGCACGGACCGUUCGUAUACCUUGGAUUUACUCCUCAUUCCGUUAUAUUGAUCGAUCAAACGCCAGUCGACCGUUGUUGUCAA